CAAGUGUCAGGAUAUAUUUGUAAAUUGACCGCUUCCAACUUUUACUCAAAGCCAACGCCAAAGAGACUUUAUUUUUUCUUAGUUAAUAUUUAUAAACAUCAUAAUGGUGAACACCGACGUGUAUAUUGUUUCUGGAGUUCGUACCCCUAUGGGUAGCUUUGGUGGUAGCCUUGCGUCUCUUCCUGCCACUAAAUUGGGCGCAGUUGCCAUCAAGGGCGCACUUGAAAAAGCAAAGAUUCAAACUUCUGAUGUUCAAGAAGUUUUCAUGGGCAAUGUCUUGUCUGCUAACCUCGGUCAAAACCCUGCUCGUCAGUGCGCUUUGGGUGCGGGAUUGCCUGUCGACACCGUUUGUACCACUGUCAAUAAGGUUUGUGCUUCCGGCAUGAAGGCCACCAUUCUUGGCACUCAAACUAUCAUGACUGGUAACGCAGACAUCGUCGUCGUUGGCGGUGCCGAAAGCAUGUCCAAUACUCCUUACUACGCCACCAAGAGCCGUUUCGGUUCCAAGUUUGGCAACGUCGAGCUUGUUGAUGGUCUCUUGCGUGAUGGUUUGUCGGACGCUUAUGAUGGUCAAUCUAUGGGUAACGCUGCUGAACUUUGCGCAGAAGAACAUAAGAUCGACCGUGCUGCUCAAGAUGAUUUUGCCGUUUCUUCCUAUAAACGCGCUCAAGCCGCUCAAGCAUCUUCCGCUUUUGAAAACGAAAUUAUCCCUGUCGAGGUCUUUGGCGGUCGUGGUAAGCCCAACAAAAUCAUUUCUGAAGAUGACGAGCCCAAGAAUUUAAACGAAGAAAAACUUAAGUCUACUCGUCCUGUUUUCAAGGCUGAUGGUACAGUGACCGCUGCCAACGCUUCCACGUUAAAUGACGGUGCCAGUGCUAUGGUUUUGGUCUCUGGUACCAAACUUAAAGAACUAGGAUUGAAGCCUAUUGCUAAAGUUCUUGGUUGGGGUGAAGCUGCUCAAAACCCUAAUCGCUUUACUACCUCUCCUAGUCUUGCCAUUCCUAAAGCUUUGAAGCAUGCCAACGUUGAGCUUUCUCAAGUCGAUUAUUAUGAAAUUAAUGAAGCUUUCAGUGUUGUCGGUGUUGCCAACACAAAGAUUUUGGGCUUGAAUGCUGAACGCGUCAACAUCUACGGAGGUGGUGUUUCUAUGGGCCAUCCUUUGGGAAGCAGUGGCUCUCGAAUCAUUGUCACCUUGUCUAAUGUGUUGGCUCAGAAAAAUGCCAAGAUUGGCGUUGCUGCUGUUUGCAAUGGUGGUGGUGGUGCUUCUUCUUUUGUAAUUGAGCGUGUUUAAUCCAUAGAACUGUUCUGUUGUCCCCAUCUUUCACACUCGAAUAGAACGAUAUAUCCUUAAUAUCCUCGUGUAGAAGAUUCAUCUACCUGUAUGAAAUAAUUCAUUCUUUUCCUUUCGACUUCGUUGACAUUCUUGAUCCUUGUUUUUCCAAAUACUCGUUAAAAUGAUCAAACUACUCUUCUCCUUUUGUGAAACGUAAACUUGUACGUCUUUUGCUAACUGAAGUUGAACCUUUUUCUUUUUAUUUUUCGAAGCCUUGAAACACGUGCUUGUCAUUAUCAAAGAAAUCUUAAUUGCUAUUGCUGAAAUUUAACACCCAUGGAUGAAUGUUUACAUUGACUUGGGGUUGAUUCUCCUAAGUUUACUUCCAUUUACUUCUACUUUUUGAGAACCAAUACAUCCAUCUCACAUAGUGAUUUUUCUUUGUAAGUAUAUCCCAAUCCUAUUUCCCUUUUUUUUUUCAUUCAUAUAAUACAUCAAUCUAUAAUUUUAAGGUGGUACGUUAUACCUCAC